AGCCGGUUGUGGCACCGCUCGCUUAAAGAGAGCUCUCGUCUCUACGAAAAUGCAGGCUGAGGAAUACAAUCGCAGAGGCAAAGAGCUGGUGGACUACAUCACAAAGUACCUGAGCUCCAUCAGGGAGAGGAGAGUGAUCCCGGACGUGAAGCCGGGCUACAUGAGGAAGCUGCUUCCCGAAGCUGCGCCGACUGAACCGGAGGACUGGGAGAACAUCUUCAGCGACGUUGAGAAAGUCAUCAUGCCUGGGGUGGUUCACUGGCAGAGCCCUCACAUGCACGCCUACUACCCCAGUCUGACUUCGUGGCCCUCCAUGUUGGGCGACAUGUUGGCAGAUGCCAUCAACUGCGUGGGAUUUACUUGGGCCUCCAGCCCGGCCUGCACAGAGCUGGAGAUGAACGUGAUGGACUGGCUGUGUAAAGCGCUGGGGCUUCCCUUUUUCUUCCUGCAUCAUCAUCCCGACAGCAGAGGCGGAGGCCUGCUGCAGAGCACAGUGAGCGAGGGGACGCUAGUCGCUCUCCUGGCUGCCAGGAAGGACAAAAUCCUGCAGCUGAAGGCCGAGCUGGACCAGGAGGUGGACGACUCGGUCCUCAACUCAACGCUGGUGGCCUACGCUUCGGAUCAGGCCCAUUCGUCGGUCGAGAAGGCGGGUCUGAUCGCGCUGGUGAAGAUCAGGUUUCUGCCCGCUGACGAGAAGCUCUCCCUGAGAGGAGAAGCUCUGAAGCAAGCCAUUCAAGAGGACAGGAGGCGGGGCCUGGUUCCCUUCAUGCUGUGUUCCACUCUGGGGACCACAGGAGUGUGUGCGUUCGACAAGCUCUCCGAACUGGGUCCAGUCUGCGAGGAAGAGGGACUCUGGCUUCAUGUCGAUGCUGCGUAUGCCGGCUCAGCCUACUUCUGUCCUGAGCUACGCUGGUCCCUGGAAGGCAUCGAGUUCGCACACUCUUUUGUUUUUAAUCCCUCUAAGUGGAUGAUGGUUCACUUCGACUGCACUGCUUUCUGGGUAAAGGAUAAAUAUAAGCUCCAGCAGACCUUCAGUGUCGAUCCCGUUUACCUCAGACAUGAGAACUCACAGGCAGCCACAGACUUUAUGCACUGGCAGAUUCCUCUCAGCCGCCGUUUCCGAUCCCUGAAGCUUUGGUUUGUCAUGCGUUCCUUUGGGCUGAAAAAUCUCCAGGCUCACAUCAGACAUGGGAUCGAGAUGGCGAAACUCCUGGAGUCUCACAUAAGGAGUGACCCAAAUUUCGAGGUUCCUGCUGAGAGACAUCUCGGCUUGGUGGUUUUCUGCCUGAAAGCAGGAAACACUUUGACCCAGGAGCUGCUGAGGAGACUGACCCGUUCCGGCACCAUGUACCUCAUCCCCGCAGAAAUCCAGACAAAACGCAUCAUUCGAUUCACAGUGACCUCACAGUUCACCACAGCGGAGGACAUUCUUAAGGACUGGGCCGUUAUUUCUAAAACCGCGAGCGCUCUUCUUGCUGAGAAGCACGGCUUAAAUAACGCCAACCUGCUGAGAUCUGGCACGGAAAAGGCCACGGGGAAAGAGGAAAAUCCAGAUCAGCCACUGGAUGCGUUGGCGGAUGAAAAAGAAGACGUGGUCACCCAGUUAGAAAAGGCUCACGUAGACUUGUGGAUUGACAAAGCUUGGAAUCGACCCAGAAGACCCAUGCGCUCUCUGAGCUGCAGCAGCGAGCCCCUGCCUUAUUGGGCGCUCUUUAGCUUUGACUGUGAAACAACGCCUGGUCUUCAGGAGGGAUCAGAUGGCGUCCCAGUGCCAGAAUCUGGCUCUCUGUCAGCCAUUACAACGAUACCUUCAAAUCAUCCGGGGAAACAGGCCCUGAAAAAGCUUACAAAGUUCUACAGCAUGCCCAGUUUCUGCAACCAGUGGGCCCAGUGCAGUCGGCACCAGCUGAGCUGCCCUCUGAAGGUCACACACGGCGGUCAAAAACCCUUCUCCUCCGCCUGCAGGAGAAUGAACUGCAUGCCCUCUUCUCCCGCUGCAAACACAGCACCCUCUACCUCCCAGCUGGAAGGCGCAAGUGGCGCUGAACUCCAACAGCUCUCAAGCAAUCAAUGAACAGCAAUUCAAAGUCUGCUAAGAGCUUUAACCUUCGACAAUCUCAACAAAAUGUCAUGUUUGCACAUUUUGUGUUCACUUAGUUUCUAUGUACAAUAAAAAAGUACUCUUUCACCAUCUCUGAGUUUUUCUUCUGCACUGAGUCACGUAUGGAGCGAUUGCUGCCAUGGAUCAUAAACUUAUAUGCUUUUUGUUUUUUCGUUAUUACAGAAAGUACUCCUGACUCUGUGGUCCUGUGCUUUGCCUUGUGUUUAACUGAAGCUAGGAUGAAGCUGUUGCUGCAACUUAUCAUGUGUACUCUCUUUAUUUCUUUGCACCAUAGAAAGUUCUUUGGGUUCAUUGCUUCUUAGUUAAGCCAGUUUUUUUUUUCCCCCCCUGGACUGAGUCAUGAAUGGAACCUCUGCUGCCAUUAAUCAUAUACUGUAUACUCGGUUUUUAUCAUGAUAGGAAGCACACCUUGCUCAAUGCUACUAUUUAUGUUGGUUUUUAUUUGACUGGAGCGAUAAGUGGAGCUAUUGCUGAUAUAAACCUUGUACAACUGCUUUUCUAUAUGACUGGAAAGUACUUCUGGCUUAGUCCUUGUGUGUUCAGCUCGGUUGUUCUUUUCUGGACUAAGCCACUGAACAAUAACUAUAUUUACUCUCUUUUUUUGUUACUAUGGAAGGUAUACCUGACUUUGCAGUACUGUAUCUGGUUGUGUGUCGUUUUUUUUUUUUUUUUUUUUUUUUUUACUGAAUCAUUGAUGGGGCAAUUGCUGCCAUUGACUGUGUGUACCAACUUUUUUUUUCUUUAACACAGAAAGUACUCCUUGCUCUGUCAUUUUGUGUUCAGCUGUAUGUCUUCCCUGAAAAGAAUCAUUAGUGAGCUGUUUCUGUGUU